CAGUGCGGCCAGUCUGCGUGCGUGAGUGGGAGGUGGCAGGCCUCUGACUCCGGCCUUCCCUGCUGCCCGUUCCUGCGCGACGUUUACAGCCAUGAACCGGUUCGGAACCCGGUUAGUGGGAGCCGCGACAACCCAGUCACCGCCGCCGAAAGCCCGCAGCAAUGAAAACCUGGACAAAAUAGAUAUGUCUUUGGAUGACAUUAUCAAAUUGAAUCGAAAGGAAGGAAAGAAGCAGAAUUUUCCAAGACUAAAUAGAAGACUCCAGCAAAGUGGUACUCGGCAAUUCAAGAUGAGAUUACGGUGGGGAAUCCAACAGAAUUCUGGCUUUGGUAAAAGUAAUCUUAACCGUAGAGGAAGAAUAAUACCUGCAAAGAGACGUCCUUAUGGAGUUGUCACUGGCCUUGCGGCUAGGAAAACACCUGGAAUUCGAAAAGGAAUUAGUCCUAUGAAUCGUCCUCCUCUCAGUGACAAGAAUAUAGAGCGAUAUUUUCCAGUGUUAAAAAGGAAGACAAACCUUCUGAGACAAAAUGAAGCACAAAGGAAACCAGUUGCAGUUCUCAAGAGGCCUAACCAGUUAAACAGAAAAACUAACCUUCCAGCUAAUUUUUCCAGGAGUGGAAAUAAAUUAAGCCAUCAGAAAGAUACUCGCCAGGCAACUUUUCUUUUCCGAAGAGGCCUGAAGGUUCAGGCCCAGGUGAACACAGAACAGCUGCUAGAAGAUGUAGUAGCAAAGAGAACGCGUCAAUGGCGUACUUCCACUACAAAUGGAGGAAUUCUUACAGUAUCCAUUGACAAUCCUGCAGCAGUUCAGAACCCAGUCGCUCAGAAACCAAGAUUAACUCGUACUCCUGUACCUUCCUUUAUGACAAAACGAGAGCAAUCUGAUGUAAAGAAAGUUCCUAAAGGCGUUCCCCUACAAUUUGACAUAAAUAGUGUUGGAAAACAGACAGGGAUGACUUUGAAUGAAAGAUUUGGGAUACUGAAGGAGCAAAGAGCCACUCUCACAUUCAACAAAGGAGGAAGUCGCUUUGUAACUGUGGGAUAAGCUCCCUUGUCAAAGGAACUUUUCAGUGAUGACUGUUUGAGAAGUUGAAUUGCUUGAAGAAUUCGUCACAGAAAUUCAAGAAACUUUACUUCAAAAUAUUUAGAAGGCUAAAUAACUUUUAUUUUUGAAGGUUUUUUUUUAAUGUAUAAAAUAAUCCCAUGAAAGAAUAACAGGGAAUAUACAUAUAUGUUCUUAAAGAUUUCUUGGUUGGCCCAGACAGAACAAUUCUCUCUUGGCUUCUUUGGUGCCUCAAGCAGCAGAAGGAAGACAGAAAGAUAGAAAUUGCUUAUUUUUAUGAGAGUGGCAUGUAGGAUCUCAUCACCUUUGCCCAUUUUUUGGCUCUUGGCCAUGGUAAAUCUUAGUUUUGGAUAUAUAUGUAGCCCCCUUUGUUGCUGUCAUUUACCUUUGAAUAGUGUUGAUAUAAGUGCUGUUGCCUUUCUUCAUUAGUUAUAUAUAUUUUUUUUUUAAAAAAAAAGCUUUUUGAGAAUUUCAAUUUUGGCUUUCAGGAUUUAUGGAAAUAUCUGGAACUUAGUUCAUUUUUCAGAUAGAAUUAAGUUAAACUCCCAACUUUUAAUUUUUUAAUGUUGAACUUUUAACAGGAAUGUGGUUCUCUUAUAUUAAUAUGUCUCAGCUUAAAAUGUUGAUGUUUCUUUACUAUAAAUGGAUAUUUACAAAGUUAUCCAAUACUUUAGAGGAUAAGGUUGAUUGUAAAAUACUAAAAGUUGUUGUUUGAUAAAUGAAGAAAGCAUUAAAGGAAAUAGCAAUUUGAAAGACCAGAAACUUAGAUGAAAUACUUCAAAAUACCAGUUAUAGGUAUAUUCUUUGGGUUUAGUGUCUACAAAUUAUUCUUCAAAUGAUAUUUAUAAGAAAAAAUUUUAAGAUGGACUGAGUCACUUAGAUAUUUUGAUAGUAAACUUAAUAGCCAUAAGUCCUAAACUGUUCUUAUUCAAAGUUAAAAAUUGUAAUCUAUUAAGCUUGCUAAAUUAACAAUUUCUAGCUCCAAAAAAUAUACUUGUUUCAAAGGAAAAUUGCCAAAUUGGAAUUACAUUGUACCAUUGUUGUAUACCUUGUAUUUUGAUUUUUUUUUGUAUGAUACUAAGUUCAGACAUUUAUAGGGAGAAAGUUUUUUUCUGACUCUGGACUGGUAAGCAGAGUUGGUCUGAUGUGCCAAGAUAAUGCUAAGACUCCUCAGACCAUUGUACAUAGAUUAUAGUAAAAUGCCAAAAUGCAGCAAAAUAUUCCUGGUUCAAUUGAACAAGUUUGGUCAGUUUGAGGUUUGACCUUUAGUUUGCUAUAAUUUGUAUAAGCCUGUAGGUGUUAGGUUUCUGGUGUUUAAAUGUUGACUUUUUCUAUAAAGCAAAAUUUACCACUCCUGUUUUCCUUGUAUUGUAUAUUAGACUUCAUUGCCUCUCAUGCUCCUUGGUUUACUCGGUUUAUUCUAACCAUAGAAUGCGAUCAGCAACAGAUUCAUGCUUAUACCAAAGAAUUAAAUCUGAUCCUUAAUGCCAGUACUUCUGUUUAAUAAGGAAUUACUUAUUGGGAGCCAUCACAGAAUUUGAAAAUAAACUCUAGUCUCUCCUUCACUA